CCUAGAGUUUUGAGUUGCCAUUCGAGGCAGUCUCUGAGUUGAACCAAUGAAGCCCCUCGUUAACUUUAUUUUCGGUUUGACGUCCUUUUUCAUCUUUGUCUCAUUGUUUACAGAAACUGUUGCAGAGAAGGAUGGUGUCUAUAUUGUGUAUAUGGGGGCAGCCCCUAAGACUAAGGGUUCAUUAAGGCAUGAUCAUGCUCAACUUUUGAGCUCCUUGUUAAAACGGAACAAAAAUGCCCUGGUUCGUAGCUACAAAAAUGGUUUCUCUGGGUUUGCAGCACGUCUAUCUGCAGAAGAGGCUCAUUCAAUUGCCCAGAGAGCUGGAGUUGUUUCAGUCUUCCCCGACCCUGUGCUCGAACUGCAUACCACUCGCUCAUGGGAUUUCUUGAACUAUCAAACUUCGGUGGUGAUUGACUCAAACCCUAACUCGAACUCAAACUCAACAUCUAAUGAUUCUGGUGCCAUCAUUGGCAUCCUAGAUACAGGAAUUUGGCCCGAGUCGGAGAGUUUUAACGACAAGGCCAUGGGUCCAAUUCCAUCACGAUGGAAUGGCACAUGCGCUAAAGCACAGGAUUUCAACACCUCCAACUGCAACAAAAAGAUAAUUGGGGCAAGAUCAUAUGAGGAUGACGAAACUUCGGUAAUAAAGUACCAGUCACCUAGGGAUAUGGUUGGACACGGUACCCAUGUAGCGUCAACAGCAGCGGGAAGCGAAGUCCAGGGUGUAUCUUACUACGGACUAGCAGAAGGGACUGCCAAGGGUGGAUCCCCGGGGUCAAGAAUAGCUAUGUACAGAGUAUGUUCCCCCAACAAUGGAUGCCGUGGAUCCAGCAUAUUGGCAGCAUUUGAUGAUGCAAUAGCCGAUGGGGUUGAUGUGUUGUCACUGUCUCUUGGAGCACCAUCCUUCUUUAAACCACAAAUUACAGAUGAUCCCAUUGCCCUUGGAGCAUUCCAUGCAGUGCAACACGGAAUCACCGUGGUUUGCUCUGCAGGAAACGAUGGACCUGACCCCGGAACAGUUGUGAAUUCUGCACCUUGGAUUGUGACGGUUGCUGCUAGCACAAUUGACCGAGCCUUUGAGUCUGAUGUCGUACUUGGCGACAACACAGUAAUUAAGGGUGAAGGCAUUAAUUUCGCCAACAUUCAGAAGUCUCCGGUGUAUCCAAUUGUAUAUGGAAAAUCAGCCAAGAAAAAAGACGCAGACGUAAAUGAUUCAAGGAACUGCAACACAAAUUCCUUGGACCAAGAACUUGUAAAGGGAAAGAUUGUAGUUUGUGAGAAUUUAGACAAGACAUAUGCGAAUGAGCAUAUGGAUGAAGUGAAGCAGCUUGGAGGUAUUGGCGUAGUCCUGAUUGAUUAUGACUCGAAAGGGAUGGCUUCCUCAUUUGGUACAUUUCCCAUGACGGUGAUCAGUUCAGAGGAUGGCGCCAAGGUUCUUUCCUACAUCAACUCAACAAAAAACCCAGUUGCCACAAUCUUGCGUACUACAUCACCCACAAAGUACACACCAGCACCUAUCAUAGCAUAUUUCUCGUCUAGAGGACCUUCAACCAUCCCCAAGAACAUUCUCAAGCCCGAUAUAGCAGCACCUGGAGUUAAUAUUCUCGCAGCAUGGAUGGGGAACGACACAGCUGAGGCUCCAGAGGGUAAAGACCCACCACUGUAUAAUUUGAUCUCAGGAACCUCUAUGGCAUGUCCCCAUGUUUCCGGUAUUGCUGCCACAGUCAAAUCAAAAAACCCAACAUGGAGUCCCUCUGCAAUCAGGUCAGCCAUUAUGACAACAGCAAAUCAGAUAAAUAAUCUGAAAGCCCCAAUUACGACAGAGAAAGGUGUAGCAGCUACACCUUACGAUUUUGGGGCAGGAGAAGUAAGCCCGACAGGACCAUUGCAACCAGGCCUUGUUUACGAGACUACUGCCAUUGACUACUUGAAUUUUCUCUGCCACCAUGGUUAUAAUAUAACUACAAUAAAAACUAUCGCCAACGCUAUCCCAGACGGCUUUACUUGCCCUAAGGAGUCAAGCAUUGAUCUUAUAUCCAACAUCAAUUAUCCGUCGAUAGCAAUUACCAAUUUCAACGAAAAAGCGGGCAGGAAAGUGAACAGAACUCUUACAAAUGUUGCCGGAGAUGGUAACUCAGUUUAUACUGUAACUAUUGAUUCACCUGCAAACCUAGAUGUUAAAGUGGUGCCAAACAAACUGCAAUUCACUAAAAAUGGUGACAAGUCAUCUUACGAAGUGAGUUUCUCAGCUGCAAAUCCGCUAAAGGAAGAUGUAUUUGGAUCCAUAGCAUGGUCCAAUGGAAAAUACAAAGUCAGAAGUCCAUUUGCUGUAAGCAGUAAACGUGAUAACUAGGUGCUAUAUCCAUAAUAAGCAUUCGAGCAAAUGUGUAGAACAUCUAUAAAGAAGACAGCAGGAUGCACAAGUAGACCAUUCCACUGCAAUAAAUAUGAUUCGAUUCUCCUUUCA